AUGAGACCGGUUGGAGGCGCGCUGCUGGCGCUUGCUGCGGCACUGUUCUCGCAGCUGCAGCCGGGCGCCGGCCUGCAGACGUGGCAGCCGAUUCGCCAUCUAGAAAAGCAGAUCCAGUCAGGCCCCAGCCUGUCUGCCCACGGGCACGACAUUGCGGACGAGUACCCCGAGUACCCGGCACACGUCCUGCGCGUGCCCAUUGACCACUUUCACAACGACUCGCUCUAUGAGCCACACGUCGACGGCCACUUUGACCUGCGCUAUUGGUUCGACGACCGUCACUACCGGCCAGGUGGCCCCGUCAUCGUGCUGGCAGCCGGCGAGACUAGCGGGGCUGACCGGCUGCCGUUCCUGCGCAAGGGCAUCGCCGCCCAGCUAGCCGCUGCCACGCAUGGACUCGCCGUCAUCCUCGAGCAUCGCUACUACGGCGCCAGCUUUCCGCUUUCUGACCUCAGCACUGCCAGUCUGCGCUUUCUGCGCACCGAGCAGGCCCUCGCCGACACCGCCUACUUUGCCCGCCACGUGCGCUUCCCCGGCCUCGCUCACACCACCCCUGGCUCUGAUGCCCCCUGGAUUAUCUACGGCGGCUCCUAUGCCGGCGCUUUUGCCGCUUUCGCUCGCAUCCUCUAUCCCGACGUCUUCUGGGGCGCCAUCUCUUCGUCCGGCGUCACCGUCGCCAUCUACGACUACUGGCAGUACUUUGAAGCCCAGCGGCUCUUCAGCCCGCCCGCUUGCGUCAACACGACCCAGACCCUCAUCCAUGCCGUCGACCAGAUUCUAAGGCCUGCGGGCAAGCAACAAAGACGCCACGCCAACCAACAGCCGCUGAGAGCGCUUCAAGACGAGCUCGGAGAGCUUACCUCCGAUCACGUGACCACGCUCAAGACCCUCUUCAACCUGGCCAACGUCACCCACGACGACGACUUUGCCGCCCUGCUAAGCGAGGGCCUGGCCGGCUGGCAGGACACCAACUGGGACCCGGCCGUCAGCAGUCCUAGCUUCGGCUGGUACUGCGGCAACGUCACCGCCGACACGCUGCUGUUCCCCGAGCUGGAGGCCAGCCGGAGCGUCGCCACGACGUUGCUGGCCGCUACGACCUAUAGCCACGAGGCCGCCACGCUUGCCGACGCCCUGCUCAACUUUGCAGGUUGGGUGCGGGCCACAUUCCAGUGCGCUGACGGCCGGACGCAGGACCAGUGCUUCAGCAACCGCAACGCCACCUUCUACCGCCAGGACGAUCUCUCCCAGCACUGGCGAGCCUGGCCCUACCAGUACUGCACGCAGUGGGGCUAUCUGGCCACCGGCUCCGGCGUCCCGAACGACCGCUUGCCGCUUAUCAGCCGCUUGCUCGACCUCGAGUACCUCUCGAUCAUCUGCCGCGACGCCUUUGGCAUCACCGGUCCGCCCGACGUCGAAUCUGUCAACCGGCUCGGCGGCUUCGACAUCCAGUACCCUCGACUGGCCAUCGUCGACGGCGAGGCCGAUCCCUGGCGUGCUGCCACGCCACACGCCCUCGUUGGCGCCAAAGACCGUCCUAGCACCACCGAUGAACCCUUUUGGCUCAUUGGCGGUGGCGCCGUUCACCACUGGGACGAGAACGGCCUGCUGCCUGACGAAACCUCCGCUGACCUUCCGCCACAGCCCAUUCUCGACGUCCAGGCUGAGGAGGUACGGUUCGUCAAAGCUUGGGUGGACGAGUGGACCGCCCAGAAGAGCAGCCUAUAA